GUCGAAUACGCAGACAAACGGGUUCCUUCUUUCUUUUCCCCUUCCUUCUGUCGAAUAAAUUAAUAUAUCGCAUACACAAUGCCUUCAUUACUACACAUAAUAUCCACGACCCAAAAGCCCUCCCCAUUCUACACUUUCCUCGCCGUCCUUGUAACGCCGAUAUUCUUACUCGCUCUGGCAGCGUAUGUCAUCACCACGGUCGAAACUUGGAGUCGGUGCCCAAAGUUAUCGAGAAGCUACAUCGGUGGGGUCGGCAGAAAGUCCGCUGGUCCUGGCGCAGCGCAGUGGGCGGACAUGAGUGUCCUGGAGAAAGUUGAGGGUGUGUUGAGGUGGGAGGGCUGGUGGGGUGGGAGGAAGUGAGCGUCUGCUGUAGCAGCAGUCUUGCUGGGGGCGCGGGGGGGAAGCACCAUGUUACGACUUUGUAUUUGCCUUGUGGACGAUAACGAGGAAAUGUUUGAUGCGAUGCGAUGUGGUGGAUAUGUUGAAUUUUUUUUUUUUUAAUGUGCUCCUCGGAUUAUUAUAUAGGGCGUUUCGGGUACUAUUUCUCUCUCUCGCUUUCCUUUCCGUAAAUGUUGGUUAUUUCAUUUUGACUUGGUUGCGUGAGUAUCGUGGGAUAGUGGGGGGUAAAGUACCGGUAACGUGAUGGUUGUGGGGGACAUGCAGCACGGUGUAGCAUGUGCCAAAUGCCCGUCAGGGGGUUGGGUAUUCAAUGUUCUGGGGUGAGCCUGUUUGAACCAUAACUUUAUGAUAUUCGAGUACCGGUACGGUAACGAUUUUCGGGUAUCUCGCGCUUUUUUUGUGGGGCUUCUCUUCUCUUCUCUUACUUUCCUUGUUGGUAUGAUAUUAUGAUACCGGUAACUUAGUCUUUUUUUUGGCAGGGGAAUUUACGGCGCCCUGCCGGUGUUUUCACAGGGUGAGCGGGACUCCUGGAAUCCAAUUUUAUAAACUGCUCGAGCACAACCCCUAUCUGCACCGCGAUUCUGCAUGAACACAAGCAAUGGCAAAGGAUUGUCUUCGUAUCAGGUGUUUUUUCUCUCUCUCUCUCUUUCUUUCGCUUUGCUGCCUAAAUUUGCCCCUCUUUCAUAUCCUGCUGUGUCCAGUAUAGUACAAGUACUCGUACAGUACCAGACUCAAGCACGACGGGCAGUCGAGCCCGCACGCCCGUUCGCCGGUAACUUCCUCCUCUUCCCCACACGGCAGCUUCUCCAGCGUCUUGAUUGUUGUAACUGCUCGGCAGGCACAGCGAAAGCCACAGCCCUGGUUUCGCCCUUUCUGUGACGUGGUUUCACAUUUUUCAUUUGGCUCGCCCGCGCCCGCAUGUAUCAAACUUGAGCUGUGCUGGGUGGGUAUCGGGGUCCUUUCAGCCUCAGGCUUGGCUCUCCAGCGGCGCUCUGGCUCUCAAUACGAGUGCAUGUACUAGUAGUACCGGUACUUUACUCGUACAAGUACCACGUUUAGCCCCCCGGGCGUUAGAGCCAGAGUUUCUGGGUUCCCCUGGAUCUGAACAAUUGUAUCGGAGGAAAGUACCGUACUCCAGCCGGCCGUCAUAACGAUGGAGAAAAUUAUAAGGAAGAUAAGCUCGUUGUCCUUCUUGAUCAAUAGACAAGAAGCUCAACGCCCACCCCCCGCACCGACAGCAGCGGAACCAACGGUGGCUCCAGCACAGGAGGCACGAAGAGCAUCGCCAGCACUACUACGAUUACAACCAGCACCAAAGAAAUCAUGGCUCCCGCCGGCACCGCAAGGGCCACCCGGCACAGGUCCCAUCACUCAACUCCCGACCGAGAUCCUCCUCCAGAUAUUCGGUCAUUUAACCGCAGCAAAGGAGGUUGGCGUCGCAACACGCGUUUGCCGAAGAUGGUACGUGAUGGCGCUAGACAUCCUCUACCGGAACGUAGAAAUCGGGCGUUUCGGGCUCGAUAGCACGGCCGAACAUAAGCUUUUUUUUCAAGUGGCGGGUUAUACAUUCAAGAAUCCGGAAUUAUGCAACAUUAUCAGAGCCCUCACGCUGAGGUCUCAAUCCCUCAUCAACUCGUCAUAUGUAUUCCCCCCGCAGCCUUUGUCAGAUUUAACCUCGUUGGAGGAGUUAACCUGGCUGGUGGUGGACCUGGUACUUGAUUCCCGCCAAGGCUCGCAGAAACCCUUGUAUGGCCUUGUCGAUGGGUUGAGGUUGCCGCACUCGAUUCGAAAGCUACAUAUUGGGCUAAGGUACUACAUGAAUGCCGAGAGGGGCUUUGGGCGUAUCUCUGGCGAGGAUUUGAAAGGGAGACUACCACAUCUGGAAGAGUUUAGGUAUUCGAGGAUUCGACUUUGGUCAGAAUUGGUCGGCAAACGAGAACUCGUUGAAGAGGAGGCGCAAGGGGAGAUUAUUGCUGUGAAUGAUGAUGCGGCCGGAGAGUCGGAUAAGCUUGGGGAGAUGGAUAAAUUGCCGGCGUUAUUCCAAGCCAUUAUAACAAAUCUCUCGCCCCUCACGACCCUAAAGACUCUAACCCUCGACUGCCCCCUCAACCCCGCAUCCUUCACAUACGCCUUAACCCCCACCUUGCAGCAGGAAAUGCGCGUAAGCUUCCUAACCAUAAACUCCUUCCUCUUUCCCCCAAACUCAACCCCGCCCUUCGGCCCUCUGGACCGCGAAGUCACCCAGUCCGCCCUGCGCACCCGCGACAAGCUCCUCCGCCUGUCAACACUUCAACUGCACGAACUCUCAGUCGACGUCUCGGACGAGGCGGCGCGCAGAAUCGCAACAACGGACGAUGAGAACGCCUCGGACAUGCCCCCAUACCUUCCUAACGUCUCGACCUUCCACCCGCGCCGAAACCAAGCCAGGGAGAAGCUAGCCACGCUUAGGACGGGGCGCUUUGCGGCGCUGCUGACCGACGUGAUGAUUGAGAUCCGGGCGAGGUAUCCAAGGAUAUGCACGCUGCAUGGGUUCGUCCCCGCGCCCGAGUUUCCGGGGAGUGGGAAGUGUGGCGAUAGGAAAGCACACAAGUAUGUCACUGAGAGGAUUUACGAGACGUUGGAGGACGCUGGACUGCGCAAUAUCGCGUGUCUUAAGGCGCGCCUGGGGACUGGGAAUUCGCAGUGGGUGAGGGUGGAUGUGUGGAGGGGGGAUGCGGGGAAGGUUGAAGUCGCCUCGUUGGUGCCUGAGGCAAGUGCCAAGGUUUUGAACGAGGGGGUUAAGGUUACGUAUACUCAUGGGGGUGUGGAGAGCGUUAGGCGCGGAGUCUUGGAGGAGGUCGGGGGGGGGAGGUGGAGGAUCGCGGAGGCUUUGGAGCUGUAGAUUGGGGGGCUGGUGGUCAGUGGUUGUCCUUGAUGCGCGGUGUAUAGACAGUUGCUAGGUAUCUUUAAAUUAGAUGGAACAUUCGUAUUAUGA